CGCGUAACCCAUGGCCUCCUUCUGCCUGUUCGCUUCCUCUUACAAAGGAACAUAAGACUGCAAACAGAACUUCACUAUACCAAUGAAUAUCGACCAAACCUCAUCGCUGUCGAGUACAACUACCAUUGUAGAAAAUCUGUCAAAUUCUAAGGCUAGAUGGUCAAUAAUUGCAGUGUCGUCGGCUGUUCCAAAAUCAUGAAAAGUUAUAUACUUAUCUGGCCUCCUAUGUAAUACCAAAGAACAAUUAAGCAGGACAGCCUUGUGGUCAGAUAUGCCUUCGAUAAUGUCGCAUCGGAAAUCCAUCAUGGUUGGAUUAACGAACAUCAGGUCAAGCAAGGAAGAUGUGGCUGAUGUAACUCUCGUAGGGUCAGACACUACUUGUUGCAGAUUAUGUUUGAAAGCAAUGUCAAUUAAUACAUCAGCACUGUGUCUGUCCCUACAAGUACCUCUGGUAAGGUUAUUCCAGUCUACACCUUCCAGGUUAAAAUCACCGCACACAAUUAUCUUCUGAUUAUUUUUUAUUAAGUCACUUAGGUAGUCAUUGAGCGUCUCUAACACAGAUGGAGCGGCGUUAGGGGGCCUAUAAACAACUCCUAUAAUCACAUUUCCAAUUGCUGUGUUUAAUUUACACCAAACACUUUCUAGACUAGUAGGAGGGAGGACAAUGAAUUCUAAAUUUUUCUUAACCAACAGUGCAACACCCCCUCCUCGGGAUGACCUGUCCUUCCUAAUCACAACAUAGUCGUCAGGGAAUAUCUCGUCCGAACUAAUAUGGUCGGAAAGCCAAGUUUCCGUAAUAGCAAUAAUAUCUGAAUUGUGUUCAAUCAGCAUUGCUUCAACAUCAGAUUUUUUAUUUACAACACUUCGCGCAUUGAAACAUAAAACAGAGAACGACAUAGAUUCACUUAGUUUUUUUCAGUACGUGGCCUUACUGAGGUUUCUUUAACACUGUUUGAGUGUGAAUCAAAGACGAACUGCUUAUCGCCUAUGAUAAGCUUAUCAUACCGAAGCCGGUACUUUCCAUUUAAUUGUUUAGCAUGCUUGAUAAGUUCGCUUCGGGCUUUACGUACACCCGCGGAAAAGUCCUCAUUUAUGUAAAUAUUAGUUCCUCGUAGCUUGUUAGAGUUAGAUAGGACGCUAUUCUUGAGCUUGAAUGAUAGAAAACGAACAAUGAUUGGCCUGCUCUUUUGCUCCCUGAACUGGCCAACUCUAUGAGCUCUUUCAAUGUCAUUUUCCAGUAGGGUUAUGCCCAAGUGCUCAUGGCAGAGAUUUCUAACUUUGGUUUCUGAUUCGGUCCACAACUCGGACGGAGAAUCAGGCAGGCCUAUGAUAACUAAGUUGUUCCUCCUCUGGCGGUUUUCUAGGUUAUCCAGUUUAAGGUCAAUUAAAUCGACCUUACGAGUGAGGUAUUGAGUCUCUGACUGUACGCUUUGGGUGCUACUGAUAAUGGCAGCAUCAAGCUCGGAAACUCUGGCAGUUAGUGACGUCAGCUGGCUUUCAGUAGCUUUUUGCUGCUCUUUGAUUUCCGUUAUCGCAUCAUGUAAAGAUUUUUGCCCUUUCUCUAAACGACUUAGCGCCUCGAGGAUCUUCUGUAUGUCAGUUGGACCAGGAUUCUCUUCAAUGUCGCCGUCCAAGAGAAUCAAGGACGUCGUAUCAUACAUCACUUUCAACAGCGACAGGUACAACAUGUGGAACCGUCUAAGCAAAGUGGGACACGGAAGCUCCAACAGGAACAGGUCAUUGCUCUUUGUGAGACUAUGAGAGUUACUAACCUGUAGAAUGAAGCACAGAGGAUUAUUCAUCGUUGCACUCCAGAAGGAGCAACCGUGCCCACUGAUGCCAGAAGCAUAACUGCAGCCUUUUAUAAGUGACACUGGUGGCACCACUGAUGUUGUUGAUGAUAGACUCGUGAUAAGAAGUUCAUUCACACAAACGACGUAGUCGUAAUCGGCCGGUGAUAACGCUGGAUCUUUCUUCGGGGGCAGCAAAACGUGUGGCAGGCAAGAUAAAUUCUGCGAUGCUACGUAGACUGAGGACGCCGCUAUUUUGAGACGUUUUGUGAGGUGUUUGGAGAUUAAUGAUGAAAGGCUGAUGAGGCUUUGUAUGUAUUUGUUCUUUCUAUGUGUUCCAGCCUCAGAACACAAAUUCACAUCAUGUUGUUGGACGAUAAGCAGCAACGACGAUAACCGUCAUUGUGAAGUGGAACAGCCUUUAGCCUUUAGACCUUUUCAGAGCCGUUCAAAAAAAGAAAUUAACCAUCACGGACCUCCCGCCGUAAUCUGGACGGGAGGUCCAACGUCUCUAUGACACCUACCACAGGUCAACAGGUCCCCGUCAGCCCUGCCAAACGCCAACGGGUAGGGAGCCCUUCCUCUGGUGACCCCAACAACCCACAGAUCGUGAAUGUUCCCGAUAACACCAUGGACACUUCGGCACCGCCAGCUCCUCAGCAGACAGAUGCGAUGAACGAUGGCAACCUUGCCACUUCACUUCAUGACCCGUUCACCACUGUCACCUACAAGAAGAACCGAGCAGGCGGUAUUCCCAUACUGUUUCGACCAGCAACUACUGACUACUCCUUCUGGAAGGUGAAUCCUAAUGCGGUCGCUAGUGAGAUACGCCUGCUAACCCAACAACAGGUUAUGCACCACCGUUUCCACCGAGAUGGUUCUCUCUUCGUCUCCGUACGGUCCGAAGCAGCCGCCCGCAACCUUUUGUCUGCUAAGUGCUUAGCUGGGGUUCCGGUGAUACCAUCAAUACCCCAAUGUUCCAAGAGAGUAUUCGAACGACGACCUCGUGCUCUACCUUAAAGGGAGUGUCUGGACCUCAGGGCGGAUGCAAACGGGCGAUCCCGUACGGUUCCUUAUGCCAUCCCCACCACUCAUGCAAAAUAUCUCGCCUCUGCGAGGCAUAUGUAAUUUACAAUCGAAUUUUAAAGAUUGAAUUUUCACCCCCGACUAAAGGCCGCACCCGCGCUUGCCUUACUGCUGAUGACGUCAGAGGCUGGGUCCUUCCGGCGUCUGCUCGUCUGCUGCCCGGAGAGUUGCGUUCGCUGUGAGCAAUCGUUCUCGUGCUUUGUCGGUUUCGAUACGCAGCACAUUUCAACUCUCUGGAAGUGUCAAUUGUUCAGUAGCCUCGAAAGGCACAUUUUCUGCAAUGGUGGGAAGCAAAUGUUGCUUCAUCCAUUGCGAGAACAAGUGGCGAAAUACGACAGGUGUGUCAUUUUUCGGGUUUCCGAAGGAGGAGUGCCUCAGGCAGUUGUGGAUCUCGAAAGUUCGCCGCCCCAGGUGGACGCUUUAUAAGAAUAGUAAACUGUGUUCGGACCAUUUCACUGAGGACUGCUUUGAGCUCGGCAGCAGACUUAAACAAGAGUUCGGUCUAUCGCGUCCCGGAAAGUGGCCGGCCCUUACACUGAAGAGCGAUGCCAUACCCACGAUUUUCAACGACCGUGAGGGAGCUAUGGCCAUUGAAGCAAGUUUGUCACCUCAGGAAGGCUGUGAGGAACGAAGAGAUCGCGCUGCCGACAGUUCCGAGGAGGCCAUGCCACUCGCAGAAGCACCUCCUGAGGCACCCAGUACUUCCCCUGCCCGUGAGGCUGUGCCAUCAGUGGCACAUCUGCCAGUGGACUUUGUACAGUCAGUGUACAUGGAAUCUCCAGGAGCACUACUGCCAUCUGCACUGAUUUCUUCCCAGCAGUCCGACAGAGGUGUGACAACUGUGCAACCUCUUGCUCCAGACUCCAUGAGAACAGGUGCGAGACCAUCAGUAUGUGAUGCUGCAACACAGACAGACAUCUCCAUCACAGGAGACACAGCUCGAAUAGUGAUCGUGGAAGUGCCUAAAGUGCCACCCACUGGAGCUAGUGCUGAAGCUCGUAUGUCAGCCACAAGCGUGGAUGAACCUAGCAAUGUGUCCCAGUUCCCUGAGGACAGCUUUGCAGUCGCCGGCCCCUCUGGUUACCAGCCCACCAGAUCAUCAACUCCCCUUGUGGAUGAAGGUUCACCAGACUCUGUUCAAAACUUUUUCACAUCAGAGGGACAAGACUUGGCUGACACCAGUCUGGAUGAGCCACACAGCUCACAGGUUUACGAUGACCCAUCCUUUCAAAUCAGCUCUGAGCUCGGCUUCGAUAGUGACGGAGAGCCAUUGAGCAACUUGGGCGCCCGUCACCUGGUUGAUGAGGUGGAUGCUGAAGGGUCCGAUGUACAGCCUUCAUCAACACCCAACAUGUUCAUUGUCUCACAAACCUGCCUCUUGGAAUUGCUGAAUGUGUGCUUGACAUGUUCAUCAGUGAACACUUCAGUGCAUAUCACCUGCUUGGGAACACUUGCCCGUGCCACGAUCACCUGUGUGAAUGGCCACAAAAGACAGUAG